AAGAAGAUCUCUAGACUCAGAAGAAACCCAGGGCCAGGGAGAUUUAGCCAUGGUGGUGGUGCAUCUAUCAAUCUACAGUCCCUCCCCAUUCCCCUCCCCCACUAUAAAUCCCCCCUCUCUCCUCUCUCUCUCCACACAAAAUCGCCUCAAAACCCCACCACCUCCACCUUCCCCUUUCCCUUCAAUUUCCUGUUUCAAGAGAGGUGAAUUCGGAUCAGUUUCCACACCAGAAAGAAGAGACAGAAAGCCAGAGAGAGAAAAAGCACCGAUGACGAUAACGCCGGCGGUUCGGAUAUCUGACCGGAAGCUGGUCGUGAAGGACCGGACGAUCCUGACGGACGUGCCGGACAACGUGAUCGCCACGUCCGGCUCGACUUCCGGCCCGGUGGAGGGGGUCUUCCUCGGGGCGGUCUUCGACGGGAAGAGCAGCCGCCACGUGGUUCCCCUCGGGGACCUGCGCGACGCCCGGUUCCUGGCGUGCUUCCGGUUCAAGCUAUGGUGGAUGGCUCAGAAAAUGGGGGAUCAGGGGCGCGACAUUCCGCUGGAGACCCAGUUCUUGCUGGUCGAGACCAAAGGCGGGUCCCACCUCGAGUCCGAUCAGAUCGUCUACACCGUUUUCCUGCCGCUGAUCGAAGGACCGUUCCGUGCUUGUCUCCAGGGAAACUGGAGAGACCAGCUGGAGCUAUGUCUGGAGAGCGGGGACUCGGAAACGACGUCGGACGAGUUCACUCGUUCCGUGUACAUAAGCGCAGGGACGGAUCCGUUCAAGACGAUCACCGAUUCAAUCGCGGCCGUUAAAUCCCACCUCAAGACGUUCCGUCAACGUCACGAGAAGAAACUGCCCGGGAUCGUUGACUAUUUCGGAUGGUGCACGUGGGACGCGUUUUACCAGGAAGUUACCCAGGAAGGGGUGGAAUCCGGCCUCGGCAGUCUCGCCGCGGGCGGGGCUCCACCGAAGUUCGUCAUCAUCGACGACGGCUGGCAGUCCGUGGGCCUGGACCAGGAAAACAAAUCCGGGCCGACGGACCUGCAGCAGCCGUCGUUGCUGAGACUGACCGGGAUCAGAGAGAACCAGAAGUUUCAAGACAAGGAGGAUCCGACGGCGGGGAUCAAGAACAUCGUGAGCAUCGCCAAGGAGAAGCACGGGCUGAAGUACGUGUACGUGUGGCACGCGAUCACCGGGUACUGGGGCGGCGUCCGGACGGGGGUGAAGGAGAUGGAGCAAUACGGGUCGUCGAUGAGGUACCCGGCGGUGUCGAAAGGAGUGGCGGAGAACGAGCCCACAUGGAAGACCGAUGCGAUAGCGGUGCAGGGAUUGGGGCUGGUGGACCCCAGGAAAGUGUACAGGUUUUACAGUGAGCUGCACAGUUAUCUGGCGGGUGCGGGCAUAGACGGGGUUAAGGUGGACGCGCAGUGCAUCUUGGAGACGCUCGGGGCGGGUUUGGGGGGUCGGGUUGAGUUGACCCGGAUGUACCAUCAGGCCCUUGAUGCUUCGGUUAGCAGGAAUUUCCCGGAUAAUGGGUGCAUUGCUUGCAUGAGCCAUAAUACUGAUGCGCUUUACUGCUCUAAACAAACGGCUGUGGUGAGGGCAUCGGACGAUUUCUACCCCCGUGAUCCGGUCUCACACACGAUACACAUAGCUGCGGUUGCAUACAAUAGUGUCUUCCUUGGAGAAUUCAUGCUGCCUGAUUGGGACAUGUUCCACUCCCUUCAUCCAGCAGCCGAAUAUCAUGCAUCAGCCCGUGCCAUCAGCGGUGGGCCUGUUUAUGUUAGUGAUGCACCUGGGAAGCACAACUUUGAUCUCCUGAAGAAGCUUGUUUUACCUGAUGGGUCAAUCCUCAGAGCCCGGUUACCUGGCCGGCCCACCCAAGAUUGCCUGUUCUCUGACCCGGCCCGUGACGGUGUUAGCUUACUGAAGAUAUGGAACAUGAACAAGUACACUGGAGUGCUUGGGGUCUACAACUGCCAAGGUGCAGCCUGGAACACCACUGAAAGAAAGAACACAUUCCACCAAACGGGGUCCGAAGCUAUAACCGGCUUCAUUAGGGCCCGGGACGUCCACCUCAUUGGUGAUGUGGCCGUAGACCCUGACUGGAAUGGUGACUGCGCCGUGUACUGGCACCGAGACAGUACUCUUAUCACUCUUCCUUACAAUGUCGCGAUGCCUAUUUCUCUCAAGGUCCUCCAGCACGAAACCUUUACAGUUACACCCAUAAAGGUCUUGGCACCGGGGUUCAAUUUUGCACCCUUGGGGCUCAUUGACAUGUUCAAUGCCGGUGGAGCGAUUGAAGGACUUAAAUAUGAAGUCAAGGGCGGUGCACAAUUGUCUGAACUGGAAGAUGGGUAUGAAGGGGAAGGAAAUGGACUAUUUGGAGAGAGGAUUGAGAACUUGAGCGCAGAAGCGGUUGCCAUAGUUCGGAUGGAGGUUAAGGGAUGUGGCCGGUUUGGUGCUUACUCAUCGGCUAAGCCAAGAAAGUGCACCGUGGGCUCAACCGCGGUUGAGUUUGAUUACGAUUCGGUUUCUGGUUUGAUUAGUUUGAACUUGGAUUAUGUGCCUGGGGAGGAUCAGAAGUUUCACAUUGUUGUGGUUGAGUUAUGAAUUGAUUGUAGUUUAGGUCAGAUGGAAGAUAUUGGAGAGGGAAUGUUCAGGGGAUUAUUGCCUUUUUGAUAGAUUUCACCAUUCCCUAAUAUUUACUCCCGACUUCCAUGUUCUCUGUGAGAAAGAUUGGAAGGGGAAAUUACUAAUUUAAAUAAAAUGUUGCUUUCCAUUUGUAAA